AUGAACCCGGCCGGCUUCUCCUACUUCCCGGCCAUGGGCACCCCGCCGCCCGGCUCCCCCCUCGCCGCCCCGCCGGAGCCCGGGAGCCCGGAGGAGCCGCCGCCGCCCGCCCCGGAGGCCGGCUCGUCGGGCGGCGGCGGCGGGCGGCGGCGCAAGCGGCCGGUGCCGCGGGGCAAGCCGCCCUACAGCUACAUCGCGCUGAUCGCCAUGGCCCUGGCCCACGCGGCCGAGCGGCGCCUGACGCUGGGCGGCAUCUACCGCUUCAUCACCGAGCGCUUCCCCUUCUACCGCGAGAACCCCAAGAAGUGGCAGAACAGCAUCCGCCACAACCUCACCCUCAACGACUGCUUCGUCAAGGUGCCGCGCGAGCCGGGCCGCCCGGGCAAGGGCAACUACUGGGCGCUGGACCCGGCGGCCGAGGACAUGUUCGACAACGGCAGCUUCCUCCGCCGCAGGAAGCGCUUCAAGCGGGCCGACCUGGCCGCCUACCCGGCCUACCUGCCGGCCGCCUCGGCCUUCAGCCCGGCCAGCGUCGCCGCCGCGCCGCCGCCGCCGCCCUCCCUCUACGCGCCCGCCGGCUACAGCCCGCCGCUGCCCGCCGGCGCCCCCUACCCGCGGGGCUUCACCAUCGACAGCCUCAUGGGCGGCGCCGAGCUGGCCCCGCCGCCGGGCGUGGAGCUGGGCCCCGGCCCCGAGCCGCCCCCCGCCGCCGCCUUCCCGCCCGCCGGCCUGCUGGGCCGGGCCUACCCCUACUCCGCCUCGCCGCCGCCGCCGCCCCACCUGCCCGGGCCCCCCGGCGGCUACUCCCCGCCCUACGGCGCCGCCGGCCGGCUGGGCCUGCAGCCCGGGCGCUCCUGCGCCGAGCCCCCCGAGCCGCUGCUGGCGCUGGCCGGGCCGCAGUUCGGCCCCAGCCCCGCCUACGGGCGGCAGCCCGGCUUCGCCUCGGGACUGGAGCUGUACAUGUGACUCCGGCGCGCCAUCCCCGGGCCUGCGCUGCGAGGGACAGUGAUGGUGACCUGGCCAGAGGGCCAAGCCCUGAAGUGGGGGCAGCUGAGUCCAGAAAGAGCAAGGCUGAGAAACAGGGAGUGAGCAACCCCAGGAAGUGGUGUCAGGCCGGCAGAGUGGAUCCCCAGGUGGGACCAGGAGGAAGCUCUCCAGUGCCCAAGGGCUAGACCGCCACCGAGGGAGGUGAAUUCCUGCCAUGUUCUGCUGUGCUCCUGAGCUGUGCUACAAGUCUACUUAAUGGGACACGGAAGACAUGGCUGGCUGAACUAAGGAGGAUAAAAAUCUCUUGGGAACUAAAUGAACCCAUAUUUUGAUAAGGCACCGACAAAGGGGUGGCCCUAGACUGCAUCUUCGUUGCUCUGUCCAUGAGGCAGUCCUGAUAGUGCUGCAACGUGGUGUAUUUGCUCAGGGCUGACUUUCUCAUGCUCUCAUUGUGUGGACCAGGCUUGAUAGACCUUUUUUCACGCACCCAAGUCAACACUCCACUGCUUUGGUUCUCGGAACAUGUCUGCCGGUUGCCAAGGACAGCUCCACGGAGCCCUAAUGACCAUGGACCAUCAUUUGAAAACCACUGGCUUUGGGGAUGUUCAUGGUCCAUGCUGAAAUCUAACCAGAGGAAGAAUCUCAGGCUGAAAUUCACCCCGUGCAGAGCACCAGCAGGGAAAUUAUAGAGGUCUUAAGGACCCAAUUGGAAACUCCACUGGAUUUGUGCUCUUAAAAUCACAAAGGCAUUCUUAAAAACCAACCAAAGCUCCCACUGGAAUCAAUGAAAAUUGUUGGUGCUCAUCAUUUUGGAAAAUCAGGCCAUUCUUUAUUUAAGUACCUAAUUUUAGACACCUAAGUUAGAUCUUAAUUGCUUUGGCCAAAGCAAUUUUUAAAACCCCCUCAACACAGUAGUGACUAUUCCAGUGGUAGAAUUCUCUGCAGGCUGCAACUUGAUGGAAGUAUCUGGGAUGUGAACCUAGGCUGUGAUAAAAGCAUUUUGAGAUCCAGCAUCUAGAGGAUGCUGCAGCAGGGCCCACAGACUGGAAACAGGCCUAAAUCAUAGUAAAUCAGCUUCUGCAAUCUGGGUAAUGUGUGGCUGAAAAGGAGGUUCAGAGUCACUGAGGGAUCAGAAAUUCUGAACCUUGGAAACUGAAAGAAGAGAACUAGCAUCAAAGGAAAUUGCAUAAGUGGAAAAAGAGACCCCCGGGAUAUCCCAGGGAGCAGCAGAUCUGUCUUUUUAGCAUUUUCAAAAAAGUUAGAGGACAGCCAAAGCUUGAUAGCAAAAAGGCAAUGCAGCAAAAUCUAUCAGCUAGCCUUCGGGGACCUGGAGAUGAGUCUCAUCAGAAUAAGUGAAUAUAAAUGGUACUCAACCGAGGAAGCAUAAAAAAAAAUUAGGCAAAACGCAAUAGAUCAUCUGGAAAGAACCCAGGAGCAAAUCUGUCUGCAAUGGAAAUCUGAAAGCUCCAAAAUAAUAACCAACACAUGUCUAGACAAACCAAGCAAGUACGGUAUCAGCAUGACCAAUGUAAGCAGAGGGCACAAUACUGCACCCUCUAUACAGCCAAAACUAACGCUGGAAGUUAUUCCUGUAAGGAGUACAAGAUCAGGCCCUUGGCUAAGAAAGACUUAUCUGGCCAAUAUCCACGCAGACCUGUGUGUGGACAAUCUCAAUGCAAGGAGUUAGACAUAAGAAAUCAAGUCCUUACUUCUACAGAGGGUGCUCCUGGAACUGUUCUCCUUUUACUCUGAAUAACCUUUGGCAAAUGGAAAAAGCCCAGGAUUCCAGACAGGCUGACUUAAGGUUUUCAUAGGGAAAACAUGCUCUCAUCACUGCUUCAGCCUUAAAACUUGACUGGGCCCAAGCCUGUUCCUACUGACGCCAGCCAGAGGGGAUUUUACCUGCUGAAAUCAGUGGGAUCGGCCAGGCCCCCACCUAUUUCCACCAGUUUCAUGAAGACUGAAGCAGCAAUUAAUGGUUUUAUUUAAAGGCAAAGAUCUUGUGAUUAGGCAGUCUGCCUUAAACUUUAAGGGAAAUUUUAAAAUGUGGAGCUCUGGGGAGAAAUCUUGUAUCCCCUCACUAAGGAGAAAUGCACAACAAAUAAACAUUAGCCUAAAAAGUUUCCACGCGGUUGGGGUAAUAAAGAACAUAACAGAGGUUUAGAAUGAAAAGAAGAAGGGUUAGCAAAGUUGAUCUGCUGACUUAUUUUUGCUGUCUAACUUUUUUGUAGUGUGUAGGCGUCACAUCAGGGAACAAUAACACAGGAAAUAAACUUGACUAUGGAUUUAUAAUGUAAAAUUGACGGCAGACCUCCCCCCUAAAAUAUUUUAUAAAUCCAUAUAAAAAGGGGGAGAGAUGAUAGAUUGGGGGGGAAUGGAGGA